AUGGCCACUGGCAGUGCACAGGAGGGUUGUUCCCACCAGUCUCUAGAAUCGGCAGUGCUGCCCGGGGCACCCUGUCUUGCGGGCCCCUGGCUUAGCCUUAGCCUUAGCCUUAGCCUGAGCCUCAACUUCAUUCUGUGUCUGCCGCCCUCUCCUCCCAGCCAUCCCGCCCAUCUCGCAUCGGCCUCUGUCGUGAGAUUCAAAAUGGCUAGUACAUUCCAGGAGACAUCUACACUUGAAGCUACUUAUUCAGAAAAUGUUGAUGCUAAGCUGUCUUUUCUACCUGAAAGACUGAGAAAUAAACUGCUUCCCUUUCAGGAGAAAGGCAUCAUAUUUGCACUUCAGAGAAAUGGCAGGUGUAUGAUUGCUGAUGAGAUGGGACUAGGUAAAACCAUUCAAGCAAUUGCCAUUUCCUAUUACUAUAAAAAUGAAUGGCCUCUCUUAGUUGUAGUGCCUUCAUCUCUGAGAUACCCUUGGGCUGAUGAGAUGGAGAAGUGGAUUCCAGAACUCUCUCCAGGUGAUAUUAGCAUCAUUCAGAACAAAACUGAUACUGGGGGAAUAUCAACCAGCAAAGUAACGAUUCUGGGGUAUGGCCUCUUAACUUCUGAUGCACAGACUUUAGUAGACACUUUGUACAGGCAGAACUUUAAGGUGGUGGUGGUUGAUGAAUCACACUACAUGAAAUCCAGAAAUGCCAAGCGCAGCAAGAUUUUGUUACCAAUCGUGCAGAAAGCUCUUAGAGCUAUUCUUCUUACUGGAACUCCUGCUCUAGGAAGACCUGAAGAGCUUUUCAUGCAGAUUGAGGCACUCUUUCCAAGAAGAUUUGGAACCUGGAGUGAAUAUGCCAAAAAAUACUGCAAUGCUCAUGUCAGGUUUUUUGGUAAAAAAACUCAAUGGGACUGUAGAGGAGCUUCAAAUUUAGAAGAACUACACCAACUUUUAAGUGAAAUAAUGAUCAGAAGACUGAAGAAGGAUGUUCUAACUCAGUUGCCUCCCAAAAUCAGGCAGCGUAUUCCAUUUGACCUCCCACAAGCCACAGCUAAGAAAUUGAAUACCACUUUUGCAGAGUGGGAGAAAUUAAUGAGAAAUCUAAAUUCAGACGCUACUGAAAGCCACUUUUCUCAAGUCAUGAAUCUAAUCACAUGCAUGUAUAAAGAAACAGCCAUUGCCAAGGCAGGAGCAGUAAAGGACUAUAUCAAAAUGAUGCUUGAAAAUGACAAACUGAAGUUUCUAGUGUUCGCUCAUCACUUAAGCAUGCUUCAAGCCUGUACACAGGCUGUUAUAGAAAGUAAGGUUCGCUACAUACGAAUAGAUGGAAGUGUUCCCUCAGCAGAAAGAAUACAUCUUGCUAAUCAGUUCCAGAAGGAUCCUGAUACCAGGGUUGCUAUUCUGAGUAUUCAGGCAGCUGGUCAGGGUUUAACUUUCACUGCUGCUACUCAUGUUGUGUUUGCUGAGUUAUACUGGGAUCCAGGCCAUAUUAAGCAAGCAGAAGACAGAGCACACCGAAUUGGGCAGUGCAGUUCCGUGAAUAUUCACUUCCUUAUUGCAAAAGGAACAAUGGAUACUCUCAUGUGGGCAAUGCUGAAUCGCAAGGCCAAAGUUACAGGCAGCACCUUGAAUGGCAAGAAAGAGAAAAUGCAGGCUGAAGAAGGCGAUAAGGAGAAAUGGGAUUUUUUGAGUUUUGCUGAGACCUGGACCCCAAAUGAAAGUCUAGAAGAGCCCAAAAAUGAACUUUUAUUUACGCAUUUUGAAAAGGAAAGGCAGCACGACAUACGUUCUUUCUUUUCCCCAAAAUCCUCCACUGAGAAAAAACGCAAAAUACUUUCUGAUAAUGAGAAGUUCCAUAAUGAUUCAAAGUCUUCUGAAGUCACAAAAGAAGAGGAUGCAGAGAAGAGCAAUGAAAACCUGGAUUCCACCAGAAUAAGUGAUGUGGAUACAAUUUGUGAUGAAAGUACCUGUGAACGUGAAGCCAAAAGAGCAAGAUUAAGUGGAUCUACUCCUGUCAACUCUAGUAAGAAAAAGACAAAAUCUUUGAUGGGACAGAAGCUGUCUUCACUGUCAGGAAAAAACAGUCAAGUCUUUCCUUCAGGCUUAAAUACUUCAAGCAAAAGUACAGCUUCAAAUAAAGUCUGGCACUGUAGUGUUUGCACUUACAGUAACAACAAGUUGCUCCCUUACUGUGAAAUGUGCAAUUGCCCUCAAAGCAGUAGCGUUAAGAGAAAUUGUGAUGCUCCCGCUAGCCAGAGUGACGAUGACAUGUCGGAGAACUCCAGAAGAAAUGAAGAGAGCACAGUGUGCAGUGCUGAAGAUGGAAGAGAUGUGGGGGAAAUAGUGACCCAGCAAUUUGUUGAUAUCAACAAACAAGAAACUGUUGAAAUUGAAAAUGAAGAAAGUGAAAAAAAGUGUGAAGGACUUGUAGAUAAAUCAGACACAUUUGAAAUAUAUGAUGGGCUUAUGUUUUGUGCAAGCAGAAAUACUGAUAGAAUUCACCUCUACACCAAGGAUGGCGAACCACUGAACUGUAAUUUCAUUCCAUUGGACAUACAGCUGGAUAACUGGGAGGAUUUACCAGAGACCUUCCAGCAUAAACGAAAUCGUUCACUGAUACUGAGGUUUGUGAAAGAAUGGAGUCACCUAACAGCAAUGAAGCAGAGGAUUGUCAGAAAAAGUGGUCAGAUUUUUUGUAGUCCUAUUCAUGCUGCGGAGGAGCUGUCUAAAAAGCAGUCAGUGGCCAGCAGCACAAAAAGGUACCUGACCAAGGACGAUGUAGCAGCAGCCUCGCUUAGCAAAGCCAGCAGCAGCGGGGGCAGCGUGCGCCUCAUUUCCAAAGCAGAAAAUGCUUCUGCUGAACAAUCAGGUCCUUCCACAAAGAGGCUUUCAGACAACAGAAAAGGCCCCUCAGCCCUGCAUUCAGAGCAAACUAAAGCUGAAGGCUCCUCCCCACCCAAAGGCUAUCUGCAAGCCCUGGACAGCCAGGAGAACCCCCUCUGUCUUAGCUGUCAGCAGCCCACAGCACAGCCAGAGCCAGGCUGCCAGGCCUAUGCCUGGGACACACGUUUCUGCUCUCAAGCCUGCCAGGAAGACUUCUCGAUUCGCUCCAGUCAGAGCUACCUUAGGACUAAAGUGUUUGAAACUGAACAUGGAGUUUGCCAGUUUUGUAAUCAAAAUGCCCAGGAGCUCUAUCUCAGUGUCAGAGAUGCUCCCAAGAAUCAGCGAAAGAAACUUCUGGAGAGUUCUUGGAUGUCUCAGCUUCCGCUUGGGCAGCUGAAUGAAAUAAUAACAAACCCAACAGAAGGACAGUUCUGGCAGGUAGACCACAUCAAGCCUGUUUAUAGCGGAGGAGGACAGUGCUCACUGGUGAACCUUCAGACUCUGUGUACAGUCUGCCACAGAGAGAGAACGGCAAAGCAGGCCAAGGAAAGAAGCCAGCUGAAGAGACGUUCUUUAGCCACAAAGCACAGCUGUGAUAUCACCAAGUUCUUUGUGAAAAUGUGA